AUGGGCGGGGCAGACGGAAGGACAGCUGGCUUCCUCAGUGCGAGGCAUGUCGUGUCGUUGAACGACGGCAUCUCAGCCUGGCAUACCUCCAUUACCUUUAUCGACAAACCCACUAUGCUUCGACCAGUAUUUGUACUAUUAUUACUACUACUCUUCUCCACAUUACCCAGUGAAACUUCAGCAAGCCUAACAUUGCUGAUCACUGGACCCAGCGGCACUAAUGUGGACAAACAUCAACUGGCCAGACAAUUCAUCGACUCUUACGAUGAGGUCAUCAAAGAAUCGCCAUCAGUACUAUCCGUUUUUACAAAUGGAAUCGCCGUGCCUUUAGUCGAGAAGGAACAGCAUUUCCACCGAGUAUGGGAUGAAAUGAAGCUUGCGGGCAAUGUGACAACUGUCAUCGUAACAAAUCUCAGCGUUGAUGAAAUGAACACCGAUCAUCUUUUCAUUAUGCAAAGAUUACUGAAGACGAUGACCCCGCUCAUCAUAAUAGAAUUCGGUACUCCGAGCACCCAAACUCGAAAUUUGCUGGACGAGACUGUCACAUGCCUUUCAAGUGGUCAUAUUGCGAUUGAUUCCUCAAAUGUCAUCUACUUUUGCAACAGCGCCUCAAUGGCGAUGAUUCCCAGCCUCCAAAUCGACGACGUCCACUAUAUCGAGCCACCUCGCCAGAACAAGAAAGUGACCACUCCACCACAAUCUACAAUUUGGCCUUGGUUCUUCGUUUCGGCAUCGAAACAACAUCGACAUCAUGGUCAUCAUCACGAACAUCAUCAUCGGCACCAUGGCCAUUACCACCAUCAUCACGGGCAUCAUUUCGAUGAAGACGUUGACGAAAUCGUCGAUCAAAUCAUGGAAGAAAUCGUGGAACAAGGUUCAGGCCAGAUCAUCGCCGAGCCAGUGAAAGAACCUAGUGAAUACGAGAAAAAAGUUAGCUGUAAGUAUAGAAAGUCCUGCUAUGAGAGUGGAGUGGUGCCCGAAAUCGACAACGCAUUCACCUCGCUCUAUAAAAAAUGGUGGCCACAUUGGCUUGAGGAAAGCGGCAAAGAGCAAAAAGAGGAAGAAGAUAUUGCAGAAGAAUAUGACGCUGAGGCAGAUAUUACACCUCAGAAGGUCCGUUGCAAGUACCGAAUCUCAUGCUAUCAUGAUCAUGGCAUUCCGUACGACGAGAAGGCAGAGGAACGACGGAAAAUUCUGCUAUCAAGCAAACGGGUAGUUCAAGACAAAGGACCGAAGAAAACUCUGAAAGAAAUUGCUGCUCACACAUUAAAAAUGGUCCAAGAGGCAGGCGAAAAGGCCGCCAAGCGUCCUGCUGUGAAAGUCGUCCAAGCACGACUCGAUGCUAUCGAAGAAAAACUCAAUGAGAAGCUCAAUUGUAAGUACCGUAAAAGUUGCUACGAGACCGGCCAGCAACCCGUCAUCGCGGACACCUGGUCUCUACCGCUUCCUAUAAAUAUAUUUUCUACUGAAUCGGCGGAGGCAGCAACCAAAGAGAUCAACUACGACGAACUGGAAGAGCUCGAGAAGAAGGUCUACUGCAAAUAUCGCAAGAGCUGUUAUGAAACCGGUAUCAAACCCGAUAUUGAGCCGGAAAUAUUUGUACGUACAUUCCGUGAUCUUUUCACUAUCCACGAGCAGGUUGAGCCACGAAUAAUGUCUUUGCAAGAGAAGUGCAAGUACCGUAAGUCAUGCUACGAAACCGGUAUUGUACCCGAGAUCAAUCCACAUCUAGAAGCGGCGAUCCAUAAAGAAGUGAGCCCUGUCAUACCCACAAAUGCCCAAGACCUCCGCCUACUUUGCAAAUACAGAAAGUCGUGCUACAACGAGAUACACGACUCGGCAACCGUGGAUACGAUAAAGUUCAUUAGGAAACGACGCCAAAUUGAAAAAGAAGUACGACGACGAAGGGCUAAACGAGCCAAACUACAUCGUCGCCUUCGGGGUGAGCUGCAGCUGGGUACCUAUCGAGGAAGGCACCACAGACGCAAUAAAACCAAAGAGGAAGAAGAAUUUGAAGAGCCAGGAGAAAUGGAAGUUGAGUAUACUCUUCCGAUGAAAGAUCGAAGUGAGGAGAUCAAAGAGAAGCAAGAGGAAGACUCAGGAAGCAAACCAUCCAAAUACCGGAAAACUAAGCUGCAACAGCAAGAGCAGGUAGACUCUGGGGAGAAGGAAGUCGUUGAAGAACCAGUGCUGGUGUCAACAACAGAAGAAGAGAAGGAAGAUAAGCCACAAGUGAAGAAAGUGCGAAAGGGGAAGAAAGCAAAACCUCAAGAACCGAAAGUGGAGAAAAGGAUAGAAAAGCGUGAAGAGAAGGAGAGAGAAAAGAAGAAAGAGGACGUAAUGACGGAGGAGAAGCCAGUCACUAAGAAGAAAGAGGACGUAUCGGCGGAAGAGAAACCAGUCAUUUCAAAACAGAAAAAGAAAAAAGAGAUAGAACCAUCACCGAAGGAUAGUGCUGUGAAGCAGAAGAAGAAAGAAGGGAAGGAACAAAAAAAAGUGGAACAGAAACAAGAUGAUGCCGAGCAAGCAGCAUAUGCAAGACAAAGCGGCAGCAAGCAGUAUGACACGGUAGCAGCAGGAAUGAAGAAAAUGAUGGAAGAUGUACAUCACCACCAAGAAGAACAGCAAAAGAAAGAGCAAUGCAAGUAUCGGAAAUCAUGCUAUCAAACAGGAAAGAAACCAAAAAUUGAUCAAACCCUCAAGCACCUGCUCGAGAAACCCGUAGAAGACGUUGGUAAAGAAACAAAGGAAAGGGAGACGAAGGAAAAGGAGACAAAGGAAAAGGCGACGAAGGAAAAGGAGACAAAGGAAAAAGAGACAAAGGAAAAAGAGACAAUGGAAAAAGAGACAAAGGAAAGGGAGACAGAUGCGGCACUUUCAAAAUUAGAACUUUCUAAGAAACUCCAAUGUAAGUACCGUAAGUCAUGCUAUGAGACAGGCAUACUACCGGAGACCGUUGUACCUCAUUACUUCUACAACGACCAGAAAAUCGUUUUCAAGGCUGGUGUGUCAAAACAACUUCAGUGUAAGUAUAGAAAGUCCUGCUAUGCAGAAACAGGCCUAUCCGACGAAGAGGAUCUCAAGGANGUUCAGGAAAAGCUCGAACCAGCUGUAAAGAAAGUAGCAGGUCAGGAAGCAAAACGGAUACCUGCCUCCGAAAAAGAAGGUGAGGACAAGGAUGGUACAAAGAAAUCGCUGAAGUCUGCGCAGACUACUGCGGGUCCAGCAUCUCUAUCAUCCGACAAAGAAACUCGAGAUAUUGAGUGUAAGUCCGGUGGUAAAUCAUGUUACAGUUCAGCAGAGCCGCAAGCGAUUAACGAGGAUCAUGCCGGCAGUAUGGCUCGGAUAGGACUGGAGCGUUAUAGAAAGAAUGGAUGGUGUAACAAGUAUUACUACUCAUGUCGCGAAAUACUUGGUUUGCCACCAAAGGAACGUGCUCCAAUCGGGCCCAACGGCAAACGCCUUUGCCGCAAAAAACCGCUGUGA